AAUGCAUUAUUCUUCUCCACAGAAAACAGCAUCGCCAUCUACUCGGCCACAUCGCGAGGACGCAUGCAGCUCAUUUAUGGCGGGCAGCCGUUCAUCUUUGAGAAAACGCUGAAGUUGUCGUCGGGCGAGGAGAAGCGUUUCUGGCGCUGCAAUCAGUGGUGGAAUCAGAAGUGCCGCUCACGUGUGUUCACAGUCAAUGAUAUUGUCUUUCCGCUGAAUCGUUUCCACACGCACGAGGAGAUUGUGCGACGCAAGAAAAGAGUUCGUCGCGUGCCGCUCGAGUCCGAGGGAGUUGCCUCCAAGGUUGUGUCUAGCAUCAGUCGGCAGCAACAGCAGGCGACACAACAGCAACAGCAGCAGCAGCAGCAACACCAAGAGAUGCAAGAGCAGCUGGCGAGCGAUGCAAUGCUGACAACCACAUUGGAGGAUGAAUCGCCGGCCACGAUUGAUGUGAACGAGCUGGGCAUGCACCUGAAGUACGAGGAAAUAGUGGCCGAUGUUACACGCAUUGAGGGCUCCAAUCGCGUGGCCACGCGCCGGAAGUGAGAUGCAAUUUCGCACCAACUCGUACUCGUAGAUUUAAUUUGAUUUUAGGGAACACACGCUAGGACCUAGAACCUACACUACAUUCAAUAUAUGGCAAACAUUUCAGCUUCUAGCAUACACACAGUACAUAUACUUAUGAUUAAACUCUCUUCUAAUAAACAUUUAAAAGCCUUUGACAGUAAA